AUGAAAGAAACGUGGCAGGUUGAAAGUGAGAAUGGGAGUGCACUGGAGAAUGAGGGGCCCACAGAGGGUCAUGCUGGCCUCCCGGCAAUGCUGGUCCCUGUCUUCAGGUUAUAUACUCAUGGACUCUUUGCUUUGUUGCAGCUCUCAGCAUUAGAGAGGCAGAUCUUUGACUUCCUUGGCUUCCAGUGGGCGCCCAUACUUGGCAAUUUUCUACAUAUAAUCGUCGUCAUAUUGGGUUUGUUUGGGACCAUUCAGUACAGACCUCGAUAUAUUGUGGUGUAUACAGUAUGGACUGCCCUUUGGGUCACCUGGAAUGUGUUCAUUAUCUGCUUCUAUUUGGAAGUAGGUGGACUCUCUAAGGAUACAGACCUAAUGACAUUCAACAUCUCUGUGCACCGGUCAUGGUGGCGGGAACACGGGCCCGGCUGUGUCCGAAGAGUACUGCCCCCGUCAGCCCACGGCAUGACGGACGAUUACACGUAUGUCUCUGUCACCGGCUGCAUUGUUGACUUCCAGUACCUGGAGGUCAUCCACAGUGCCGUCCAAAUCCUACUCUCUUUGGUUGGUUUUGUGUAUGCCUGUUAUGUGAUCAGUAUUUUCAUGGAAGAAGAGGAUACCUUUGAUUUCAUAGGUGGACUUGAUGCACACUCCUACUACCAGGAUCAUGUUACGUUAAAGCCUGUUCAUCUGUCGAAAUAA